AUGUAUGCUGACGAUCUACUUAGUGGGACUGAUGGCUUAGGAGAAGCUAAGGUUUUGUAUGAGAAAAGUCCAUCAACUAUGUCAGAAGCAGGGUUUGAUUUAAGGAAAUGGGAAACAAAUAGUCAGGAGCUUAGAGCAUAUAUAUCAUCACAAGAAGGUGUAACAUCAGAUCUAUAACCAGGGGGGAAUGAUAUGACCUAUUUUGAAAUAAUGUUACCUGAUGUUAAGACCAGUAAUAAAGUAGUAUUAGGAUUAGGGGAUACUAGCAGGGACGAAUUUGUUUUUCGAUUCAAAGUUUUGUUGUCUAAAUGAGCUGUUAUGAAAGGGACAAAGCGGAAUUUGUUAAGUGUUUCGGCUUCAAUCUUUGACCCAUUAGGCUUGAUUGCUCCAAUCACCGCAAGAAUUAAAACAAUUUUUCAACUGCUUUGUAAAGAUAAAUUGAAUUGGGAUGAUAUCAUUCCACCAGAUAUUGCGUUGGUUUGGGACAAAUUUUUAGAAUUAAAAGGUCUCCAGGAAAUAAGGCAACAUAUCGGUAUGUUUUCGAUUUAGAUUUUCCUUCGAAAAAUCGAAUUGAACUUCACGCGUUUUCUGAUAGCUCCAAAGAGCUUUAUUGUGCAGUUGUCUACCUUCGGCUUAUUAGCAAUGAUGAGGUGAAAUUGUCUUUUCUCGCUUCGAAAACUAAGGUUGCCCCUCUUAAAACCCUUACUAUUCCUAGAUUACAAUUGUUGGGAUGUUUGUUGUUAAGUAAAUUAAUUAAGGAAGUACUUGAAGGUAUCAAGGGUCGUAUAAAGUUAGAUAAAAUAAUUUGUUGGUCGGAUUCGGAGGUCGCUUUGUGUUGGAUUAGAGGAAAGGAAAAGAGUUGGGAACCUUGGGUCGAGAAUAGAGUUGUUUCUAUUAGAAAUGUUGUGGAUCGUGAUAGUUGGAGGUUUGUUAAGGGAGAGAUUAAUCCUGCUGAUGUGCCCACACGAAUAUCUUCCAACCUGCAUGAAUGUUUUGCGGGAUGUUGGUUUUCUGGUCCUUCUUUUCUCCUGUCAAAACAUUUUGAGUCCGGUGGGAAGGACAAUAGUACAGAUGGUACUAAUGGAAAUUCAGUUGAUGAGUUGAGUGUUAAGAUAGGUAAUAUUUCCGAAGGUUCUUGCUUGAAUAAUACGACACAGAACGACACUCCAGAUAACGCGUGUUCAUUAAAUAGUGUAAUUGACUGCACCAGGUACAGCUCGUGUAUCUGCAUCAGGUACAGCUCGGUAUCGUGACUACUGGUUAUGUGAUGAGAUUCAUCAACAACUUACGUAAACGAGUGAAGAAACGGUCGGGCGUAAUCACGGACGAUGUCCUAAAGGUCGAUGAAUACGAGACAGUGUUGUCAAUGUGGAUUAAAGAUGAACAGCUAGUCAUUAAGAAACAGUCUAAUUUCCGUAAUCUCCGCGCCUCGUUGAAUCUUUUCGAAGACAAAGACGGAUCGCUACGGUUAAAAGAACGAUUUGCAAAUUCCUCAUUGAAAUACGAAGAGCAACAUCCUGUUUUACUUCGGUGUAAGGACAGUCAUUUUACUCGGUUGGUUAUCUGGGAUGCACAUGAAUCAACGAUGCAUCAUGGAGUCGAGUCAACGUUAGCGAGAGUACGAGCCAGAUACUGGAUCGUCAAGGAAGACAAGUCCAUAGAACACGAUGAAAUAGCGGAGUCAACUGAAGGAAAUGAAGGAAAUGAAACACAACACGAUAGUUUGAGAAGGUCGACGAGAAAGGCUGCCGUAGACGGACAAAACGCACUACGAUUAAGAGACAAGUAUAUUACUGAACAUUCGCACACCGAAUUCUUUGGUGUGGGAGGAUGUAGAAACUUUAUAUUAUGA